CAUCUUUGUUGCUUACUUCGAUCGGAUUAGUUUAAAGAUGAAUGAAUGAGUCGCUGAAACCAAAGACAAACUUUUUCUUUUGUUGUCCGCCUACGAUCGACUCAGUACAUGUCUAACAUCAAAAGGGAUCCAUUGUUUUGCUUGUUAUACUGUGACUGGCCAAUAAAGAGGAAUGAGCGUUCACAAAGGAACCUUUUUUCAAAGAUCAUUGUUCUUUCUUCUGCGUGCCUCAUAUAUUCAAAUAUCAUGGUCGAUCCCAAGAGUGUAUCACAGUACUAUCGAAAAAAGCUGGAGCAACAUGAGCUUACGCCUGAGGAAUGGUCAGCAGUGCGAUACGCGGUUAUCAAACAUACACUCAUCACUGCCGGCACAACUCUUACAUUAGGGAUAUCAGCAUUUUAUUAUGCUCGAUCACGCUCAUGGAGCCGUACACGAUCCCUAGCAAUGGCCACUACCGGAAACAUUGUAGGGCUUGUUGCAGGAGGAGCAAUCGCUAUGGAAUCUGGCAUGAAAACAGUAGAGAGCAGACUAGAAGGAUCAGGAUCGGAGCUACUCUACUUGAUGGACCGAUAUUCGAAAGCAACCCUGAGAGAAAGACUAGGAGACAGAACGACUGACGGCCUUGGGUCCUACGAUGACAAUACUGGCGACCAAAAGCUAUCUUCGCCAAAGAUGAUUGGCAUCCAACAAGAUUCGGAAUAAUCAUGAUAUGAAUUAAAUAAAAUAUAUGUUGGGCAAGCACCUAUACCA